AUGAAGACUUCCAUCCUUUUCUCCGCCAUGCUUGCUGGUCUCGCUAUGGCUUCCCCGGCCCAGCAGCCUCCUAGCUGCAAGGCCGACACCGACUGCAAGGCCAACCAGCACUGUGACAACACCGGCAACUGCGUUGCUAACAAGGUCACCCGUGACACUCCCUUGGCUCACCUGAACGAGGCAUGCCAUGCCGAUAGUGACUGCACUCAGAACCUCCAAUGUGUGAAGGACCUCUGCGUUUCUCCCCAGAGCAAGCGUGAUGCUCCUCUCGUUCACCUCAACGGCGAUUGCAAGGUCACCAGCGACUGUGUUAAGGGUCUUGUGUGCGACAAGGAUAUUUGUGUUGCCACCAACGGCAAGCGUGACACUCUGUCGGAGAUCGGCCAGGACUGCAAGGUCUCCGGUGACUGUGUCAAGGGCCUUGUCUGUGGCCAAGAUGACACCUGUGUUGCCCCUAAGCAGCAGCGCGAUGUCUCCAGCUCCCAGCUUGGCCAGGAUUGCCAAAAGGCGGGCGACUGCCAGAAGGGUCUUGUCUGUGAGCAGAACACCUGCCUCGCCCCCAAGGGCAAGCGUAGCUCUGGUAACCAGGUUGACGUUGCCUUGAAUGGACAAUGCCAGAGCACUGGUGACUGCCGCAAGGGUCUGGUUUGCGAGAAGGAUACUUGCAUUGCUGCCAAGAACAAGCGUGAGAACUCCAAGUCUCAGGCCAACGGUGCUUGCCAGGUCAAGGGUGACUGUGUGAAGGGCCUUGCCUGCCAGGACAACGUCUGCGUUGCCCCCAAGGACCUGAAGCAGAACGACAACCAGAACCAGAAGCGCAACACUGACCAGUGCCAGACUGACGGCGACUGCAAGCAGAACCAGACUUGCCAGCAGAUCAAGGGCAACAAGGUUUGCGCUGCUCCCCAGCCUUCCAACUAA